UAGAAUUUGAAUGGCCGUGAAAAUUUUAGAGAGCCACUCCGUCUCGCCGUCUUCCGGCGCCGGCGGCGAGAAUACCCUCCCACUCCUAUAUUUCGACAUAAUAUGGCUCGACUUCCUUCUCGUCGACAGUCUCCGUUUCUACCCCCUCAAAUGCUCCCAAUCUCAUUUCUUGGACACCAUCCUUGUCAAUCUCAAGCACUCAUUGUCCCUCACUCUCAACCAUUUCCUUCCACUCUCAUCCAAAAUCAUCUUCCCCCUCUCCUCCUCCGCCACGCCCGUUUCCCGCUACACCGCCGGCGACUCCCUCUCCCUCACCAUCGCCACGUCAGACGAUGACUUCUCUCACGUAGUGUCCAACCGUCCCAAGCCUGCUCACGAUUUCCAUCAACUCGUCCCACAAAUGCCGGCGGCGGUUUACUCCUCCGACGAGAUCAAAUUCAGCCCCCUCGCUAUUCAACUCACCUUGUUUCCGAACCAAGGGAUCUGCAUCGCAUUCACACUCCAUCACUCCAUUUGCGACGCCACCACUCUCUCCGCCUUCAUCCACACGUGGGCCUCAAUCAACAGAUCCAACGGCGGUGAUCAUCUCCUCAAUCAGCUGCCGUUCUACGGCCGAGAUUCCGUUCAAGAUUCAACCAAACUAACCAUAGCCGAAUGGAACAAAAUGAAGGCGAAUAGGCCGACGGUUUCACUAACACUUCCCUUGCCCUCAGAUAGAGUCCGAGCAACAUUCCACCUAACCGAUCCCCAAAUCGAGAAGCUCAAGGCCUUGGCCAUCAUCAAAAAGCCUUCCACAGGCCGCCCCUCGACUUUCGUGGUGGCGUGCGCCUAUCUCUGGAGCUGCCUGGCCAAGUCAGAGGUCGACAACGACAACAACAACAACAACGACGAGACGGAAUACUUAAGCUUUGCGGUCAAUUGCCGCGGGCGGCUGAACCCGCCCCUUCCGGAGAACUACUUCGGCAACUGCUUGAUCCAACUGUUUGCGGCUUCAAGCCGUGCAAGACUGAAAGGGAAUGAGGGGUUUGUAGCUGCUGCGGAGGCGGUUGCGGAUGCAGUUAAAAGUGCUGCGAAAAGCUCAAGAGUUUCGGAGUUUUAUGAGAAUCGAUUGGAAAUAUUCUCGAAAUUGAACGGAAAGAGGGUGGUUUGGGUGGUAGGAUCGUCAAAACUGGAUCCAUAUGGUGUAGAUUAUGGAUGGGGGAGAGCAGUUAAGUUUGAAUGCGCUCAUACAGACUCUCAUAGAGCAGUUCAUCUUUGUAAGGCCAGAAAAGGUGGAAUUGACAUCGGCUUCUCAAUGCCUAAACCUAACAUGCAUUCUUUCGCGUCUGUCUUCAACGAAUACUUAUUCAUCAAUUGCAAUUUGUAAUUUUUCUGUUUAUUUUCCAAUGCAACUAAAAUAAUCCAUGAAUAUAUAAAUGUUAUCCACUUUUACCA